AAGACAUGCUCUCAUACCAGGAAGCUCUCAAGAACAUCAAGGCACGAAGAACUGAUAUCUUGCUAGUGCAUUUCUUCACUAUGGAAUUUUCGAGUUAUGGCAGCCCUCUAGUACUGUUACCUCCACCAUGUUGGAAAAGUUGAUUCGACAAAUCAUGUAUAGACAUUUCAACCAGUGCAUUGCAAGUCUUGGCGCAAGAGUCGGCAUCGAAGACAAGGUGACUCUUGUCACCUUCCAUGUACCCCCAAUUGGCCCAUCAAACAUUCUAGAAACUUACCCACCGUACCUGCUUCCGUCUAUGAUCCCGUACGGAACAAAUACUCCUGUCCCCGCUGGUUAUGAUUCCCAUGCU